AUGCUUUUGCUAGCAGGAGAAGUCUACAAACGUAUCUGUGUUGCUGGCUGUGAUCCUGCAAUCAAAGAGUCUCCAACUGAACCCAAGUGGUCAUCUAAAGGGGAACUAUUUUUUAUUACUGACAGACAAAAUGGGUAUUGGAAUCUGUAUAAAUGGGUUGAGUCUAAUAAUGAGGUGAUAUCUGUUUAUUCUUGGGAUGCCGAGUUCUCCAGACCAUUAUGGAAUUUUGGAAUGAAUUCUUAUGAACUUAUUCAGAGCCAUGAGCAAAAUAUCUUAAUUGCUUGCAGCUAUAGGCAAAAUGGAAGGUCAUAUCUUGGAAAUCUGGAUGAUGUUCAGAGCUCAUUCUCUGUGCUUAAUAUUCCUUUCACGGAUACAGAUAAUAUUACUUUAGGGAUCAAUUACCUAUACGUGGAGGGAGCAUCAGAAGUUCAUCCACUGUCUGUAGCGAAGGUGACUUUAGAUGACCAUAAAUAAAAAGCAGUUGCAUUCAAGAUUAUUUGGUCUUCUUCACCUGAUUGUUUAAAAUACAAGUCCUACUUCAGCUUACCCGAAGUUAUUCGAUUCCCAACAGAUGCCUUUGCAUACUUUUACACACCAUCAAAUCCUGAUUACCAAGCCACUCAGGAAGAAAAGCCUCCACUGUUAUUGCAAGCCCAUGAAGGACCCACAUUUGAAUCGCGCGGAAUCUUAAAUCUGAGUAUUCAGUACUGGACUAGUCGGGGUUGGGCAUUUGUUGCUGUUAACUAUGGUGGAAGCAGUGGUUAUGACAGAGAAUAUCGUGAAAGGCUCUUGAGGAAAUGGGGAAUUGUGGAUGUAAAUGACUGUUGCAGCUGUGCUAGAUAUUUGGUGGAUUCUGGGAAGGUAGAUGGCAAACGGCUGUGUAUUACUGGGGACUCUGCAGGUAGUUAUACAACCCUGGCUGCUCUUGCUUUUAGAGACACCUUUAAGGCAGGAGCUUCCUUGUAUGGUAUAGCUGACUUGACAAUGUUGAGGGCAGAAACUCAAAAAUUUGAGUCUCACUAUAUUGAUAAUCUUGUUGGUGGUGAAAAGGAUUACUUUGAAAGGUCGCCAAUCAACUUCAUUGAUAGAAUUUCUUGCCCCAUUAUCUUAUUUCAAGGAUUGGAAGACAAGUCUGUACCCCCAGUACAAGCUCCUACAAUAUACCUUGCUUUAAAGGAUAAGGGUCUGCCUGUUGCUCUUGUGGAGUACGAAGGAGAACAACAUGGUUUCUGCAAGGCUGAGAACAUUAAGUUCACGCUGGAGCAACAAAUGGUUUUCUUUGCACGGUUAGUUGGACACUUCAAGGUUGCAGAUGACAUUACCCCAAUCAAAAUUGAUAACUUCAAUUAAGCAUUCACUAAAAGAGGUGCCACAUUCUGAAAUUCUCCUGUGUGUACUUUUGUUAUUUGUA